AUGUCAGCCGCCGUAGCAUCUAGCUUCAAGGCCCAUAGGCGGCAGGUGUGGAAUUCCGUCUUUCCGGAGCCCUCGAACCCCACCCCGCAAGCAACGCCAACGCCUAUAUUCCCUGACCAUGGACAACCUUUUGGAGAGGUUGUUGGAGGCGGCGGCGUUGGCGCCUCUGCUGCUGCUGCUGCUGCGGGGUCGGAAUCCUUCCCAGGCGCGCUUCACGGCACCAGAGCUCAGAACCGAGCCCUUGGGAGCCGCAGGUCUCCACGCAGCCCAGCUCCCCCUCUUGGUCUUGGACUUGGCGGCGUUGACCUGGCCGGCCCCGACCUCAGGAGCGCCGCCGACGAUCAGAUAACCUACGAUCGGGCCUGGCACGUGGUGACCUCCCGCGUGGCCUUGCCUUCCACCGUGACGGCUGAUGAUUCGUUCGGUACCUUGCUCCCGGAAUCGCAGCUGCCAUUGUCACAAGAUGCUAGCUCCGAGGCCGAGUUUCAGGCCGCCCUCCGGAUGGUACUCGACGCCAAGACCUCCCUGCCGCGGGCGAAUCACACCGAGGACAUACUGUUGUGGCACUCGCAGCAGGUCCGUCAGCACUUUGCGCAGCACGUCAUCCCGAUGCUGUCCGCCUGCGCUGCGCAGGAUACUCUUGGGGAGGGUCACAAGAUGCGUGGCUCCGUCUUUGAUCAGCAUAUGACCGCCGUCAUGAACAGCGUCCGGACGCUUGAGGCUGCUUUCCGGCAGUAUGACUAUGGCCUGGCUCUCAUUGUCAGGGGCUAUCACGAACUAGGCUCACGGAGGGAUCACGAGGCACAGGGAAUGGAUGUGGAUAUGGAAGACGCUUCAGAAGGCGUCGAGGUGCUCGCCAAACGUUUCCGCAAGGAUGUUCGCUCUCUUGUGGGGAACUCGGUUCCGGAAGGUCUCAUCGCAUCUUUGCGUGUGGUGUUGACCUCGCUUGUCAGUCGCAUACUUGGAAUUUCCGGGACAGAAGGCGACGGCGACAGCGUAAAGCCAUCAGCAUCUGGACCAGGCAGGCCAAGACAGCCGGCGGCUUCCUCCCGACGACCCGCUGCGCCUAGAGACGACGACUUGGAACCCAUGGCGGCUCGGAAGCGUCUGCAUGAGCUCGUUGGGUCGCUUGCCACCGUGGGCUUGACGGGAGAGCAAACGCAUGUGUUGUUUGCCGAAGUCAUGGACAAACUCAUGUCUGACUUUAUAUCCGGUGCUUUCGCCGGCACGUGGAUAUCAGAGGACGUCCCGGAUGAGCAGGAGCAUAGGCGCCGGGGCCAUCGAACAGCUACUGGACUCCCCGAGAAGAACCCUACCUGUACUGCCAUACUUGGACACUGGGUAGAGAAUAACUUUGCACGUCUUGCGUUGGAGGCCUUGCGCUUAAUGGCUGAUGAAGAUGGCGAGGAGGAAAUUCCCAACCAGCCAACUGACGGGCCAUGCGUCUCAUUUGCAGACGUCACCAAGUGGAAAGAGAUCGCCUUGGGUCGUCUCGCGGCUCUGAGAAUAUCGGAACUUUUCGACAUCGUCCUUCACUGGCCAAAGAGCAAGAGUGGUCUGGACGAUCUACGUUCUAGCGUUGCAACGCCCCAGCGAAGGUUGCAGCUGAGCGAGUCCUUUUCGGCGGCCCUGCAUGCCAGGCUGCUACAUUCAUCACGCUCGACGCUCGAGAUCCUGCGAGUCUACAUCGCCAUGAUUCGCACUUUCCACAUACUAGACCAUUCCAAGGUCCUCUUGGGACGCGUGGUUCCGUCCCUUCAGCUAUACCUUUGUCAACGUGAGGAUGCCAUCCGUCUUGUGGUUACUGGCCUCCUGGCGAAUCCGGACGAGAUUAACGAGAAAGAAGAAUUUGGGACCGGUGCGGGAUCCAGCCCAUUCAGCAAAGACACCAGUAUUAUAGUGGGCGCCAGAGCAACCAGCCUUGUAGAGUUGGCCACGUUGUUGAACGACCCGGCUCAGCAGAGACGACGGCGUUUUGAGGAUGACGACAUUGACUGGAAUGACAUGGACUGGGUGCCGGACCCCGUUGACGCUGGAGUCAACUAUAAACGACCAAAGUCAGAGGACGUCGUAGGUACUCUGAUCAGUGCUCUGGGUGCCGAGGAUGUCUUUAUCAACGAAUUUCAAAACAUCAUUGCCGAGAGACUCUUGUCGUCCCAGGAGAAGUUUGAUCAGGAAAUCAAGGUACUGCAGCUGCUGAAGAAGCGAUUCGGCGAAAGUGCGCUGCAGAGCUGCGAUGUCAUGAUAAGGGACAUCAAGGACUCUGGACGGUUGGAUCCGUAUGUCCGCCGAACCCAGUUCGUUGCCCAGUUCAGGACGCCCAGGGCCAAUGAUUCGACCGCUCAGGAGCCGGCCGAGCUUCGCUACACUGCACGCAUCCUCUCGCGAUUGUUCUGGCCUACAAUGAAUAAGGAGCACUUCCUACUCCCACAACCAAUUUUGGACAAGCAGAAACACUACGAGAAAGGUUACGAACAAAUUAAAUCAUCACGACGUCUCACUUGGCUCAACCACCUCGGGCAGGCAACGGUCGAGCUGGAGCUAAAGGACCGUUGCGUGUCGGUGGUGUGCAGGACGUGGGAGGCUACAGUUAUCUACGCGUUCCAGGAAGGCGAGGGCGAUGGGGGAGAGGUUCGCAAGUCGGUCGAGGAGCUUUACAUGACGCUACAAAUGGACGAGGACCUGAUCAUACAGGCACUCGAAUUUUGGGUGGAAAAGUGCAUUCUCAAGCGGGUGGGCGACGACGUCUUUGCCGUCAUGGAGACGCUCCCGGCCUCAGGAGAAGAGCGGGACGACGAUAGCGGACCCGGCGUCGCGAGAACGGAAGGACUCUCACCCGGGACCGAGAAGACGCCGGCCGAGGCGGCAGCGGCGGCGGCGAUGCGCAGGAACCGAGCAGGGACGACAUCGGUCGACGCCAAGGUGCAGCAGCAGCAAACGGUCUGCUGGCAGUUCAUUGUCGGCAUGUUAACCAACUCGGCGGCGUCGAUGCCGCUGGCUCAGAUUUCCAUGAUGAUGAAGAUGAUGAUGGCGGGAGGUUUCCCCUGGAGCAACGAGGAGCUGCAGGAGUUUCUGGCGCAAAAGGUGGCCGAGGGACACAUGGAAGUAGUUGGCGGCAAAUACAAGCUUGUCAAGAAGUAG